AAAAAAUGGGGAAAAGUGUACAUGAGUAUUUUAUAAGUUCAAAUCGUUGAAAGACCAUUUGAGGCUUACACAUCUGCACAGAAGAACGAGAAGACUUCUGUUGUUUUACAUUCAACUGUGACGUCAUGGCGUGGUUUUUCCAUGCUCUGCAUAUACUGCUGGUCCAUUGCCUCGUCCGGGCUUACUCGACGUUUUAUUACCAACCCGUAGACGGAGGUUCUCGACCUUUCCAACGGCGCGUUCAAGAAUACUUCAAUCAAAAAUGAUACGUUUACGUUAGCAAAUACAAACGUUGACAACGUCACAAAGCUUGAUUUGUCCGGAAACCGUAUCACUGAUGUUGACGUUGAAAGCUUCAAUGCUUUGUUCAAUUUGAAAGUGUUAAUUCUUGCAAACAACAGCAUCGAACACCUUAACAACGAGACAUUUACGUCGUUACGUAAAUUGGAAGAAUUGGACGUUCUCACAACGGACUUACGGAACUGCGAGCCGGUCUCGUAAGCGUUCUUACGUUACGUGAAAUACGUUUUAACAAUAAUAAUAUCAGCUACGUCGAACCAGGAAUAGUGGGACAGAUAAACAUACAUCUAAGCGUGUUUCAACUUGAGCUAUAAUAAUUUGCCGAAUCUCGAUCCGUGGAUGUAUUUGACGUACGACUCCGGGGAACGGUAUGUUGACAGAUUAUUUGACGUCCAGCAUAACGCAAUUCGCGAAACUAACAAACAAAAUGGGAUGGAAAUAUGAUUUGGAGUAUGCUUUUCAAGUAAAUGUUUUAGCUCAGUACAAUGCAAUUCCCGAAAUCAGCUUAGACAUUAUUCAGCAAUACGACCAGACGGUUAAUCCCUCCGAUCAAUCCCUGUUUGCACUGUUCCUGACCUUUUAUAUGAACAUCACGAACAACCCGUUCUUCUGCGAUUGUAAAGUGUACGAUAUUGCGGCGGAAGUGAGAGGGGCAUUUUCCAGUACACGCGUGUUGAGGAGUGGCGCUACCGCUGCGGUGGCCCCGCCCACCUGGAGGGCUGGGAUUUUAUACAUGAUCUGCCGCUACAUAAUCUCGUCUGCAACCACACAGAGAGUGAUGGCUGUCCGAGUGGCUGCCACUGUCAGGACCGUCCCCAUAACGACACCUAUUACAUUGACUGUACGGGGGCGGGGCUUUCGGAGUUGCCAUCCACUCUACCGGAAAACAACCGAUCCAAGAUUGAAAUGUUCAUGGACGAUAAUUUCAUCACGGAAAUAUCAAACGUGCCUUACCUGUCGCGCAUAUUCAACCUGACUCUAAGAAAUAAUGAGCUCAAAUCAUUAAACGCGGAAAUUCUGAAAGACAUGACGGCAAAGAAACUUGACCUCCGAAAUAAUCAGAUAACAACACUACCGAAGGAAAUCAAGAAGUUCGAAUCAGUGCAGUUGACCGGAAAUCCGCUGGAGUGCGAUUGUAAUUCCAUGUGGAUGAAGCAGUGGAUGGAUAUAGACACGAGGAACGCGGACCCCGACCUCACGUGCACGGCGAAUAAUGGCGAUAUUUUACACAUCAUUGAGAUGACCCUACGUGACCUCGGCUGUACAAACGAGGCUCUCAUAAUCGCCCUAGUAUGUUUGGGCGUGUUUCUGGGUCUGAUCAUUGUCGGCGCCAUCUUUGCCAAACGCUGCCCGUACGAAACUAAAGUUAUUAUAUUCCGGUUCUUCAAAUUUCACCCCGGCAAGAAAUACGACGUCGACAAUGACAAAGAAAAAGAGAUUGACGCUUACCUUGUGUUUGACCACGAAGAUGGUGACGUCAUUGGUUACGUCAGAUACUUUUUGCAUCGACUAGGGAAACAGAAACCCCUAUUCUCGAUUCUUAACCCAGCACAGUUCAUGGAGGCGGGUCCGGAGUCGAGAAAUAUCUCCAAAUAUAUCGGAAAAUCACGAAGGGUGAUCAUCUUUCUGUCGAAAGGUAUAUUCAACGACGAAUGGCGAAUGAAUGAAAUCGAAGAAGCGGAACACCGUCAAAUUGAAGCUGUAACGAUAAAAAAUAACGAAAUUUCGAAAAAGGCAAAGCAAACCAAACGCUUAAACAAAAAUGCAAAUACAGGCAAAGAUAAAGAUGAUAGGGAAGAGGAUAAAAUGAACGAUUUAACGGAAAUUUGUAUUGAUGACCUAGCUGCUGGUAAUAACGACAACGCUGACGAGCUUGAGUUUCAAGAACGGGAGGAAGCUAGUUUAAAGAAAGCGCCUAAACUUAUAUACAUCAUUUACAACACCGAUGAAACGUUAACAAAACAGCUUGAAGAGGAGCCAUGGAAGAGCCGGCUUGAUGGUAAAACGGUGCUGCGGCCUGACCCUGACGACCGCCUCUUCUGGUCCAAGGUCCGAUAUGAGAUGCCACAGAAAGGCAACGGGAACGGCAAACCAUUCAUGCCGUUUGACAUUCCAAAACCGGAAAGACCGUUACCUAUAAAACGAAGCCCAGUGCCUUCUCCUAAAAAUCCAAAAAGCAGGAACAAAAACGACCACAACAGAAAACUAACGGGACCCAUCAAAUCCCAAAUCCACGCAACAAUUUCACAGACAUAGCUGUUAACAGCAAUCAGCCCGGGGGCUCAAAUACUGGUGCACACAGCACCCAGGGUGCUCGCCCGAAAGUAUUCAAACAAAAUAGAAGUCCAAACUUGUCUGACAUACCUCAUACAAUAAAUGUUCACAAACUAAUCAGGCCCGAUUCUGCUGACAGCGCGGCGUCUGAUGUCCAGACCAGACUAACUUUCAUUGGUGGAACAGUAAAUAAUAGUUUAGAAGGAGAUCUCAUGAAUAAAAUAAAGCAGUUUAGUAAUCAUAUGCACAACAAUGGUCCUGGAAAUAUACCAUCAAGAAGAAGUUAUUUAUCAGAUGUUUAAAAGAACGCCUUGUGUGUUGCUUAUUUUCUCACUCUGACCCACCAAAAGAUUUUUUGCUGAUUUUGAAACAAAAAAUCCAAUUUACAGAACAAUUACUUCCGGUGAUCUAAAUAGGUGGAGACAGGAGCGUCAACACUAGUAAAAGCAAAAGUUGGUUUAUAAUAAUGUAAUAGCUGUUAUAUAAUGUAAUAUAUAAUAUAUCACGUUGUUUAUGUUUUCGUGCACAUAUCGCUUAUUGUGUUCAUUGUUUGCAUACUACUGACUUGUUUUUUUUUGCCAAACAUUAUUGAUUUAUAAAAAGCCAAAGCAGA